AUGAGCUUGAACUGGGGUUAUGAAGCACACAAUGGGCCGGAGCAGUGGCACAAACUUUACCCCAUUGCUCAAGGAAAUUUCCAAUCUCCAAUUGAUAUAAAAGCCCAGGAUGCCAAAUCUGAUGAGUCACUGAAGUCUCUUAGUAUUAACUAUAACCCAACUUCUAUCAAAUCCAUUGUCAACAUUGGUCAUUCCUUCCAUGUUAUUUCUGAAGACAAGGAAGACGUCUCAGUUGUGAAAGGAGGUCCGCUCCAAGCAAGUUACCGUCUAAGCCAAUUCCAUUUCCACUGGGGACCUUCCAAUGACUUGGGAUCAGAACAUACUGUGGAUGGCAAGACCUAUUCUGCAGAGUUGCACCUUGUUCACUGGAACUCAGAGAAAUAUUCCAGCUUUGCUGAAGCCUCUAAGAAUCUUGAUGGAUGUGCAGUGCUGACCGUGUUCCUGAAGGUUGGCAAUGCCCAUCCAGGGCUGAAGAAAGUGGUGGAUGCAUUAGGUCAAAUUAGAACAAAGGGUAAGCAAGCAGCCUUUACCAGUUUUGACCCAUCAUCCCUGCUUCCUGCAUCAAAGGACUACUGGACAUACAUUGGCUCCUUGACCCAUCCACCACUGCUUGAGUGCGUCACCUGGAUUAUAUUCAGAGAACCCAUAAGUGUCAGCCCUGACCAGCUAAAUAAGUUCCGCAGUCUCCUAUCUUCUGGGGAUGGUGAGAAGGAGUGUCCAAUUCUGAGCAACCAUCGUCCACCUCAACCUCUGAAGGGCAGAGAAGUUCGAGCAUCCUUCUGA